ACAUUUUACCUGAUUCUAAACAAUUUCGGAUUUAUCCGAUUUUCGUCCGGUCCAGUCCUAAAUCCAAAACUCUAUUUUAGGAGGUCUGGUGUCCGGUCCUGAAUCAAUCGGUCCGGACCAGACCGAACAAUUCAGGUCCGGUUCCGAACCGGAUUCAGGUUCCAAUCCAUUUCUGCACACCCCUGGCCCUACUAGCUAGAGAGUCGGUAUAAGAUAGAACCCAUAAACCCUAAUUUGUUUUCCUCCUUCAAAACCCAAAUUAAAUUUUUUCGACAUUUCGCAACCAAAACCCUAAAACAUGAGGGACAGAGAUGACUACAGAUUUCUCAGACUAGCUGAUGCAAUGACGGCUUUGAAUCAGAAAGUUAACCUAAUCGGCAUUAUCACCGAGUACGGAGCUCCUACUCGAAGCAGAGGGACAGAUUGGUUUUGUUCAUUGAGAAUUGUGGAUGAGUCACAUAAUAUCCGUGGGCUUUUAGUUAAUAUCUUUGCUGAAACUCAAGAGAAGCUUCCUCAGGCUGAGGCAUCUGGAGAUAUUAUUCAACUUUUCCACGUUAUGAUGAAAAUUCAUAAGAUGGAAACCUAUGCCCUUUACAACAAAAAGUUCUCUUCAUUUGCUCUCUACGAAGGAAAAUAUGGUGGAAGCUGUAAUCCCUAUAAAAUUUCUUCCAAGUUUCAGCCUAGAAACCAAGACAUGACAUAUGUGGUUAGUUUAAGAAAAUGGGUAGAGAGUUUCCAGCUCGAUACAGUAUCAAACAAUUCUGUGUUGCUGAGGCAUAUCAAGGAAGGACAAUGUUAUUGUUAUGAUCUGGUUUGCAAGAUUUUGCACAUAUCUCAAGUCAAUCAAGAUGAGUGGAUGCUGUUUGUUUGGGAUGGUAGUGAUGCUCCGCCACUUCAACUUCAAUCUGAGCUAGAAACAGAAAAGGAUCAUUCACUUCCACUGCAGUUGGAACCUCAGCCUUUGGCCAGGGAGGCCUUGUGUAAAUUUCCAACCAUUGGAACAAUAUUGAGAGUCUCUGUUAACCAAAGAAAUGUCAAGCUUAAUAUUCCUUCAUUGAGUCCUGGUAGAUGGGUAAAAUUUAUCAACCUAAUGCUUAAGGUACAUGAAGGAUUGUGGUUUGGUGUCCUAAAUUCAUCAACAAAAGUUCGUUUUGUACCAAUUGAAGACGUCAUGGUUGUAGAGCGCCAAAGGGAUUUUGAAAAGCGGUUAUCUUCUAAGUUUGACCGGAUGCCAUUUACAAGCUUUCCUUGGCCUAUACGUAUUACAGAAGUUGAUGAUGAAGUUGAAGAUGUACCACUUGUCACACUAAUGGACAUUAUGACGUAUCAGCAGGCGACAGGAAAAUAUAAGUGUAUUGUUCGGGUUGUAGCAGCACUUCCAUGGACUGUUAAAGACUUUCGCUCUCCAGAUGGGACCUACCGGGUCCGGCUUACUUUAGAGGACCCUACUGGAAGAAUUCAUGCUUAUUUGUAUGCUGAGGAUGGGAAAGUGUUUUUUGAAGGUUAUCCCCCUUUGGAUGCAUUGAUUCGGAAGUGGAAUACAUUGCUUGGUGUUGCUGAAGAUGGUGGUGGUGGUGUAAUUAAGAAUGCUCCAAGAAAUCCUCCGUGGGUGCUUUGCUGUAUCAAAUCAUAUUAUCUUAACAAAAAUGAUGUCUGGGGAAGUAGGAAGUUCCGGAUCUUCGAUACCAAGCUAGUAUGCUGAAGGUGGUCUGGACUGUGAGCCAGUGAUGCUGUUUUUUGUUUAUGAGUUCUUGCUUAACCAAAUCAAGCUUUUACCUGGUCAUUGUAAAUUUCUGUACAUAGUGCAUGUAAAAUGGCUAAACUUGAGCAGUUGAGCUUCUUUUGUACAUUCUGAUAGUCAUCGGAAUAUGGCCGAGGCUGCUGUUAAGCUAGUUUGCAUUGGAUUCAUGUCAUCAA